AUGGAAUUCCUUUCCAUCUUAUACUCUUUAAUAAUUUACGGACUUUUAGCAGUGGUUGCACUGCUUCUUAUUUUGGUGCUGUUCAUUUUAAUUACGACUUCUCCAUAUCCAAUUGUUGAACGUUUCAAAGAAGAAGAAUAUUACUAUGACCCCGUUUCAAAACAAAAAAUGAAAUUUCCUAGUGUUGAGACUCCUUACAGUGUUAACCUUAGUGUAAUUGUACCUGCUUACAAUGAAGAAGAAAGAUUAACCCCUAUGUUGGAUGAAGCCUUAGAUUUUUUAGAAAAUAGGGUAAAAGAACAUCCUUCAUAUAAAUAUGAGAUUAUUGUUGUGAGUGAUGGAAGUAAAGAUAACACAGUGGAACUAGUUCAAAGUUAUGUGCAAAAAUAUAGCAGUGAAAAACUAAGAUGCUUAGAUUUAAUGAAGAAUAGAGGAAAAGGUGGUGCUGUGAGAUUGGGUGUACAAAGUGCAAGAGGAGCUGCUAUACUAUUUGCAGAUGCCGAUGGUGCAUCAAAAUUUGAAGAUUUAACUAAACUGGAAUUAGCUCUUAAGAAUAUUACUAAAUUGGACCCAAUAUCUCAAUCCCCCGAAAUAAAUGACAAACUAGCUGUGAUUAUCGGUUCGAGAGCACAUUUAGAAAAGGAUUCUCUCGUACAGAGAAGUAUAUUUAGGAACAUUUUGAUGUAUGGAUUCCAUUUCCUAGUAUGGUUAUUUACUGUCAAGGGUAUAAAAGACACUCAGUGCGGUUUUAAACUGUUCACCAGAAAAACGGCACAAAUAACCUUUCAGAGUCUACAUGUUAAUAGAUGGGCAUUUGAUGUAGAAUUAUUGUAUAUAGCACAACAACUUAGAAUUCCUAUAGUUGAAGUUCCAAUAACAUGGACUGAAAUAGAUGGCUCCAAAAUAACACCUGUUAUAUCUUGGAUUCAAAUGGGAUGUGACUUAGCAAUGAUUUGGAUCAAAUAUACAAUUAGAGCUUGGAAGAUCAAAUACGAAACAAACUAA